GCGCCGCUUGCUUUCUGCUUGUGGGGUGCUGCAUCAUGGCUGCAGGCGGGGAGCCACCGCCUCUCUGGCUGCUACUGUUGCUGCUCCUGCAGUUGGAGACGCCCUGCAGCUCGGCAUGCGGCUCUCCGGGGCAGCAGGGGUGGCCUGUGCCUUACAGGCGUUUUGAUUACCGCCCUAAAACAGAUGCCUACUGUCAGGCUCGUUACACUUUCUGCCCAACUGGCUCUCCCAUUCCGGUGAUGAGAGAUGACGAUGUCCUGGAGGUAUUUCGGUUACAGGCGCCUGUCUGGGAAUUCAAAUAUGGAGCUCUCCUUGGUCAUAUGAAGAUCAUGCACGAUGCUGUCGGUUUCAAGAGCUCCUUAUCUGGGAAGAACUACACAAUGGAGUGGUAUGAGCUCUUCCAGCUGGGGAACUGCACAUUUCCUCAUCUCCGGCCCAAUUUGCUUGCCCCUUUUUGGUGCAAUCAGGGGGCCGCCUGCUUUUAUGAAGGAAUAGAUGAUGCCCAUUGGAAGGAGAACGGGACCUUGGUUCUGGUGACCACCAUCUCAGGAUCUAUGUUUAAUCAAAUGGCAAAAUGGGUGAAAUACGACAAUGAAACUGGCAUUUACUACGAGACGUGGAUGGUCAAAGAGAGCCCGGAGGAGCAGGCCAGAGUGUGGUUUGAGCCUUACGAAUGCUCCAAGUUUGUACAGAGGACAUACCAAAAGCUGGCUGAGCUGGGGGCCAUUUUUAAGAAGAUACAAACAAAUUACACCACUAUUACUCUCUUCAGUGGAGAGCCCACCUGCUUUGGAAAUGAAACGGCUAUAUUUGGGCCACACGGAAACAAAACACUAGCUCUGGCCAUUAGAGACUUCUAUUCUCCUUUCAAACCUUAUCAGUCCGUCAAAGAGUUCUUUCUAAACCUUUUGAGGAUAUUUGAUGAAGUGGUUGUGGACCAUCAAUUUUACCUCUUCUAUAACUUGGAAUAUUGGUUUCUGCCAAUGAAAUAUCCUUUCAUGAAAAUAGCCUAUGAAGAAAUUCCCUUGCCUCAUUCAAACAGCACCAAGUUGGGCGUGUAGUUUUUCUUAAUGACUUUUUUUUGU